AUGAGCCUCAUCCAGGGUUCGUCAGUGUUCAUUCUAUUGACACUGUGGAGCGGCAUACAAGCGGAGCAGUUCAUGGGGAAGUACGUUUCGACAGUGAAAUCACCAGUUUCCACGCAAGAGCAGUCACAGCCGAAGACGGACCUGUGGAGAGCCGCGGGACUGGAGAAGGAUCUUUCGCUGGGUGCUGCGCCAGUGGCCCUCCUUAAGGUCGCAUACGAGACAACUUCGGUGACGAUCAACGGUACGCUGACGCCCCAGCAGACUGCCGAAGUUCCCGCGGUAGCUCUGGUCGGCGCCGUCAACUGCGUGCCACCGUUCUCUCUGGUCAUGUUGGACCCGGACGCGCCGAGCCCUAAGCACCCUACGCUCCGCAGCUGGUUGCACUGGAUGGUUGUCAACGCCAAAAGCACACGGAGGCUGGACAAAGGCGAAGUGGCGAUGCCGUAUAACGGUCCGACUCCCCCCGAAGGGUCGGGACCUCAUCGAUACGUCUUCUUAGCCUUCUGUCAAGGCGGCAAGCGCAUGGAGGUUAUGAAAUUCCAGAGGCGGCGAAGGAAGAAAUUUCAUUUGAAAAAUUUCCUAAAGAAAAUAGGCAAUGCGGUGCCGUUCGGUGGCACCUUCUUUUACGCCGAGAACGUCGGAAUGAGGAAAAGUCCCCCAAAGCGACCUCCGCAGCAAGAAUUGAAAAUUUAA